AACUGUCACACAUUGUAAAUCCCACGGAAUAACAGAACAGUGAAACUCACACUAACUUCCAAGAAUCUGCUUUCUUUGUAUUAUCAACAAGAACCUUGUCUUCUUGGUACAAAGGACUGCUAACUUAUUUAAUGAAAGAACUUCGAUUAGGAGAAGAACACUACUGAUCAAUCAUGGGGUCAAAUUCUGCAUCACAGACAGCAGGAAAACCCAUUAGAUGCAAAGCUGCAGUGUGCAGAAAAGCAGGGGAACCUCUGAUCAUAGAAGAAAUCGAAGUGGCCCCGCCCAGCUCUUGGGAAGUUCGGAUCAAGAUUCUUUGUACUUCCCUCUGUCAUUCUGAUGUUACUUUCUGGAAAUUAUCUGCUGGACCAGCUUCUGCUUUUCCCAGAAUUCUUGGUCAUGAAGCAGCUGGUGUGGUGGAGAGUGUAGGGGAAAAUGUGGAGGAAGUGAAAGAAGGGGACAUAGUGAUACCAGUAUUUCAAAGGAACUGUGGAGAAUGCAGAGAUUGCAAGUGCCAAAAGGGGAAUAUUUGUUCUAAAUUCCUGCAGGAUUUUUAUUGUGGGAUGCCAAGGGAUGGAAGCAGCAGGUUCAAGGAUAAAAAUGGAGAAAAAUUGCACCAUACACUGAGUGUGUCCAGCUUUUCUGAGUAUACAGUUGUGGAUGUCACACAUGUAGUGAAGAUGAGUCCAGAUUUUCCCAUUGAUAAGGCUUCUCUACUUGCUUGUGGAGUUUCUACAGGAUUGGGAGCUGCAUGGAAGGUUGCAGAAGUUGAAGAAGGUUCAACUGUGGCGAUAUUUGGACUAGGAGCCGUGGGACUAGCGGUAGCACAAGGAGCUAAGUUACGCGGAGCUUCAAAAAUAAUAGGUGUCGAUUUAAAUUCAACAAAAUUUGAAAUUGGGAAGAAGUUUGGACUAACAGAUUUUAUCAACCCUACAACCUGUGGUGAGAAAUCAACAAACCAGGUAAUAAAAGAGAUGAGUGAUGGUGGAGCUGACUACUGCUUUGAGUGUAUUGGAUUGGCAUCCCUGAUGCAAGAGGCUUUUAGUAGUUGUCGCAAGGGUACUGGAAAGACUGUAAUACUUGGAAUAGAGAUGCACGGCACACCGUUAAGCAUUAACCCUUAUGAGUUGACGGCUGGAAAAACUAUCAUAGGAUCCAUGUUUGGAGGUGUCAAAGCUAAAGUUGACAUUCCCAUUUUUGCUACUCAAUAUCUGAAUAAUGAGUUGAACUUGGACGGAUUCAUAACACAUGAAGUUAACUUUGAGGAUAUUAACAAAGCAUUUGACUUACUUGAAGCAGGCAAAACGCUACGUUGUAUCAUUUGGAUGGACAAAUAAUCCUGCUUUCAUCUUUCUUUUCUGUUUGCGCUUUGAGAUAAUAAAUGUUGUAUUUAUUGCUAUCAUUUUUUGUAAUUAAAAAAACAAAAAACAAAAAAAGGGAGCGAAAUACUUGUAUGCAUUUCUUUUCGUUUCAUAGAUUUGAAUCCGGAAAAAAGUUAGUUG